AUGGGCCUUCCGAUGUUCCAGGAGCCUGACGAGGCCAUCGCUCAGGAUGCUGCUGCCAAACUAGACCGCGCUGCUGCCACCCAGCGGUCAACGAUCCGCCGCCAGCCUACCGUACGACCUACGCGAUAUAGUGCAUAUGCAGCGCGUGAGCGAAUACGCGAGCGCUAUCACCACCGCAUCGAUGAAGACCAAACUACAGAACUUCAGAUCGCUCAGAUGGAAGCUGAGAUAGCGCGACUACGGAAUCGAAGACCCCGCACUCGUGAUUAUAGCAACGGCCUACGUGACUCGGAAGAUCUCAUACAACAGGCAAGGGCAACCAUUCGCGACGGCGAUGAAAAUGAUUCGAACGGCGGCACACCUGCGCGGCGCUUCCAUCUUCCCAGACCCGAUCGCCAGUCCAGCCUGAGAUUCGAGGUUGGCGCCACUCGAUCAGGCUCAGUCUCGCCUCGCCGUCUGCGACUACUUAGCCCGCCCUCGUCUUCUGGCAGUGGUCGCAACAUCCCCGACGGACCCCUCCCUUUCGAUGACGAGCCCGAUAAUCUCACCCGCCAAUUCCCCCCUGCUCAUUACCAUGAUGACCUUGCACGCACGCUUGAAACUCCGCCACCCGAGAGCUGGGAAUCCUCGCUACCUCCUCUCGGUCGCGUCUCGCGCCGUCCCGAUCCCCCGCCCCACAGAUCCAUCGAUGGACUUGGUGAUCGACAUCGCAGCCCCAGUCUAGAUGACAAUGCAGAUGCGGAAACAUGGAUCAACCUUCUUACAACUAUGGAGGCGGGCCGAUCAACCACCACUACCUCAUUUGCAUCUAACGGCGACUCUGGCCUGAACUCCCGCAACUCACAGACCACCAUGGCGACUUCUUUCGGUGAGAUUGGUGCCGACGACAGUUGCGACCUGGAUUUGCCUACUGGCAUUACUGAAGAGAUCGCACGGGAGAUCCGUGAACAGCAUCGGUCGCGCGAUCGCCAUCAAAGGCGAAACGGAGAACCCGAUGGUCCCAUCAUGACGGGUGAACAAGGUUUACGGAUGCACGAGGCGCGUGUCCGACGAGCCCGCGAAGCGCGAGAAGGCUCUCGUCAGAUUCAGAUGAUACAGCAUAUAAUGGAGCGCUUCGGCAAUCGCGAAGAUGUUCCUGACGAGUGGUGGGCUUUCAUGGGUUGGGACGAUGAUGCGCGACCAGAAUCGCGUGGCGAGCAGCGUUCUCUGUCGCAACCACGGAGCCUCCAUCCCUUGCGGCACGCUGAGGACACUGCGGCAUUGCGUCGAGAGUCGCGUGAGAUGCAACAGGCAAAUGAGAUUAUGCAAAAUCUGCGGGAGCAGGGGAGCCAAGAAGCAUCGCAACGUUCACCUGUCGAUGCAAGUGAGCUGAGGUGA